UCUUCUGCAAUAUCUUUUAUUGAUCGACGAUAUCUCUCCCUCCGUCGUCACUAUGGAUGAAUGAGUUUGCCCUCAUCACCAUCCCUUUUGUCAAUCUGGCCUACACUAUCGUUUUCCCUUUCUUGAUCUGGUGAAAUCUUAACCAGUGUCGUCGUUAUCAACGGAUUUAUUAUUCCGAGAUUGAUGGACAACAUUGGCAUGGGCCAAAUGCAAAAACGGCAAAGAGCUUGAUUUCACAACGGCUGCUAGAACCACCAGUACCCGCACCAGAAAAUCGAGUCUCGGAGUUUUCACCAACUUCCUUCUCAGAGUGUUGCAAGUAAUCAUUUCUGAUGCGUGAUUAACCAAAUUCGAACUUAUUCCGGGAGAUAUCGAAGCCUGAGCAUUCGAGAACUCGUCUUUUUCGUCAACAUGAACUCCUGACUCACUGUGAUUACCAUUAGUACCAUUAGAAGUAGAGAUUCCUCACCAGAUGCAAUUUCUGCAGAUCAAAUUUCAUGGGGGCAAUCCAAUCAUAGCCAAUUCCUGCAGGAUAUUUUAAAUAUCCUGAGGCAGAGGCUUGUGGAAUCACGAAUAUUUAAUAGUUUCAAAAAUGAACAUCAGUCUAUGCUCAAAUCUUUCGGAGAUCACAUCCCCUUGUUUAGAAAGUUCACAAAGCAUAAACAUAAAUAAACCACUGGCCAUAUCUUCGAUCAGGGCUAGUGAUUUCACCAACAAGGACAGUAUCCAGGUGUCUAGUCGUUAUGCUAGAAAGAUGGUGCUUUCAUGUCAGUAUGUACCAGGUCAUUUGGAGGGAACACAAUUAAUGGGAAAGCCAUUGUCAAAGCCAAGACAGAAGUUGGAAUCUAUCAGGACAUUGUUGAUUGACAACUACGACAGUUACACAUACAAUAUAUACCAAGAGUUGUCUGUUGUCAAUGGACUACCUCCUGUUGUGGUGCGCAAUGAUGAAUGGACAUGGGAGGAGGCAUGCCGUUAUAUUUAUGAAAAGAGAGCCUUUGAUAACAUUGUUAUAUCACCAGGUCCAGGAUCACCAGCAUGCCCGGCUGAUAUAGGGAUUUGUCUUAAGUUGCUGCUAGAGUGCAAAGACAUUCCAAUCUUGGGUGUCUGUCUCGGACACCAGGCCUUAGGAUAUGUUCAUGGUGCAGAGGUCAUCCAUGCCUUGGAACCUGUCCAUGGACGUCUGAGUGAAAUUCAGCAUAAUGGAUGCAGACUGUUCCAUGAUAUUCCUUCUGGCAGAAAUUCUGGUUUUAAGGUGGUUCGAUACCAUUCACUUGUGAUAGAUGCAAAAUCACUUCCAAAGGAACUCAUACCUUUAGCAUGGACUUGUUCUGCUGAUACAAUUUCUUCUCUGGGUGACCAAAAUUAUGACUUUGACGACCACGAAACCUCUCUUAGUUCCUUCAAGGAUGGACGGUCAAAUUGUGUUGAAGACAACAAAGUUCUUAUGGGCAUCAUGCACUCCACAAGACCUCAUUAUGGUUUGCAGUUUCAUCCUGAGAGUAUAGCCACCUGUCAUGGGAGUCAGAUAUUCAAAAACUUCAGAGAAAUUACUCAAGAUUUUUGGGUUGGGAAGGACUCUUCCUCCAUUAGUGAGAGGAAGCUACAGUAUAAUGCAUGCAUGCAGGUGAAAAAUGGAAGCUGGCAGUUUAAAAACAAUCCCAAAAGCAAUUACUUGCCUAUCCUUGAUACAAACCAUUUCAAGAUGGUAAACUCGUCAAAUUUGACGAAGUUUUUAAAGUUAGAAUGGAGGAAACUUGAGCAUUUAUCUUGUCAAGUUGGUGGUGCAGAAAACAUAUUUCUUGAAUUGUUUGGAGAUGACAAGGCUGGAAACACCUUUUGGCUGGAUAGCUCCUCUACAGAGAAGAGAAGAGCUAGAUUUUCAUUUAUGGGUGGAAAAGGUGGCUCUCUUUGGAAGCAGAUAACAUUCAGAUUGUCAGAACCAAGUGGAGGCCAUAUUAUAAUUGAAGAUGCUCAAGGGCUAUCUACAACCACAUUUCUGAAAGAUGGAUUCUUCCAUUUUAUGAAUGAGGAACUCCAGUCUAUUCACUAUGAUGAAAAAGAUUAUGAAGGAUUGCCGUUUGAGUUUUAUGGUGGAUACAUAGGAUAUCUUGGAUAUGGGCUUAAAGUUGAAUGUGGUGCAGCGUAUAAUCGUCACAAGGCAGAAACACCGGAUGCAUGUUUCUUCUUUGCAGACAAUCUUAUAGUUAUAGAUCAUUCCAACGAUGAUAUCUACAUUCUCUCGAUACAUGAUCAAAGCACAACAUGGUUAGAUGAUGUUGAGCAGAAGCUUACCAGCUUAAAAGCUUCUUCUGCUCCCCCCAAAACCAAAACGUCACCAUCUCAGAUUUCUGCUAAGAAUAACUCUGUCUUUCUAUCCAACAAAACUAGAGAGCAAUACAUGGAAGAUGUGGAGAAAUGUCAGAAAUUCAUUAGAGAUGGAGAAAGCUACGAGUUGUGUCUCACAACGCAAAUGCGAAAGAAAAUAGGAGACAUGGAUCUUUUGGGGCUUUACUUCCAUCUAAGAGAGAAGAAUCCUGCCCCAUAUGCUGCCUGGCUUAAUUUCAAACAACACUUGACUAUCUGCUGUUCUUCCCCCGAGAGGUUCUUACGUCUAGAUAGAGAUGGUAUCCUCGAGGCAAAACCUAUCAAGGGUACCAUUGCCCGUGGCUUCACUCCCGAGGAAGAUGAAAUGUUUAGAUCACAACUACAACACAGUGAAAAGGAUCAAGCAGAAAAUCUGAUGAUUGUUGAUCUCCUAAGGAACGACCUGGGUCGUGUGUGUGAACCUGGUUCGGUGCAUGUCCCACAUCUGAUGGAGGUUGAAUCAUAUGCAACCGUCCACACGAUGGUAAGCACAAUCCAAGGAAAGAAACAGCCGAAUGUAAGUGCAAUUGAUUGCGUUAGAGCAGCAUUCCCCGGUGGAUCAAUGACGGGUGCACCCAAGUUGAGAUCAAUGGAACUUCUUGAUUCUCUUGAAACUUGCUCCAGGGGCAUCUACUCCGGCUGCAUUGGUUUCUUCUCAUACAACCAAACAUUCGAUCUCAACAUCGUUAUACGAACCGUGGUGGUCCACGAGGGUGAAGCGUCGGUUGGAGCAGGUGGAGCGGUUGUGGCCCUUUCUAGUCCCGAACAAGAGUACAAAGAAAUGGUUCUCAAAGCAACAGCUCCAGUCAAUGCUGUGCUGGAAUAUCAACAUAAAUUCGCUGGUAAAGAAGAAUGUGAAAGCCGGUAAACUUUACUUACAAUCAAAAUUAUAUUUUUCGCAACUAAAUACGAGGAUCGAUCUCAAAGCUGUAGUUAUAGUAAAUUGAUUUGAUUACAUUAUAGGUUAUAUGUGAGAAAUAGAAAUGUGUACAUGUAUUGUUUGUAGCUUCUAUUGCUUACUUUGCCAACUUGAAACUUCAUGAUAAUUGAUACCUGCCAAAGAUCCAAUGUCCAUUCUACUUAUUUGUCAAAA